AUGAGCAUAAGGAUAGCUACUCAUGCUGGGAGUUGGUAUUCUUCCGUAGGCAAUGUACUAAAAACCAGAAUCUCCUCCGAAUUAUCCACACAUCCAGAAAACGAAGUGCUUGUAAAAUACAUAAUAACACCUCAUGCUGGCUAUGAUUAUUCUCUGAAAACUGCAUUAUACGCCUAUUCUAAGAUUAGGACUUUCAAAUAUUCGAAAAUAUUUAUAUUAGGGCCAUCACACCAUGUCUAUUUUGAAGGUUGCGGGCUUGAUAAAUGUAUUAAAUACGAAACGCCCAUUGGCAAUCUGGAUAUAGACACAGAGACUGUAACUAAUCUGUUAGCAAAUGAUCAUUUUAUGAAUAUUAGCAAGGGCACAUCUGAAGAUGAGCAUUCAAUUGAAAUGCAAUUGCCCAUCUUGAAACUCAUUUUGGAAGGAUUUCCUGAUGCUAAAAUAAUACCCAUCAUGAUUGGUGAUAUAGAUGAACAGUCAACCAUAGGCAUUGCCAAUUCACUACUAAAAUAUUUUGAAGACAAGGACAAUUUAUUUGUAAUCUCUUCAGAUUUCUGCCACUUUGGUGCAAGAUUUGGAUUCUAUAAAACUCCAUACCCUGGCAUACCGAUACACGAAGCUGUAGAGAAGUUGGACAAGGAUGGCAUUGAUCUUAUUCUAAAACACAAUUAUAAAGGGUUCAUAAGCUACUUAGAUGAUACUAAAAAUACAAUUUGCGGGAGGAAUCCGAUACAGGUUUUGCUAAAGUUGCUCACCUUUUCCAAAUUAAAUAUAUUCUCAAAUCUUGAAAGUUAUGCACAAUCCAACCCAGCUACUAAUAUAAGAGACUCCAGUGUUUCCUACGCGGCGGUUGUUGGUACAAUAAUUAAUUAA